UGAUUUUUCUUAUUUACAUAAAGGGCAAAAAUGAAGCACGGCCGCGUUACGGAGCUUCCGGAGGACUUCUACAUCCCCAUCGCUCUGGAUACGGACAACAUCACAUCUCUCAGCCCCUUCCUCAUCCCCCAGGACCAUCUAGCAAGUUCAGGCACCUUCUAUGCAAUGUCUUUCUUCAUGUUUUUUAUAUUUAUUGUGGGCACUGCCAUCAAUGUGCUUACAAUUGCAUGUACCGCUCAAUACAAGAAGCUCCGUUCCCACCUCAACUACAUCCUGUUGAACUUGGCUGUGGCCAACCUUCUUGUGUCCUGUGUGGGCUCCUCCACCGCCUGCUGCACCUUUGCAUCCAGAUAUUUCAUCUUUGGACCUCUGGCAUGCAAGAUUGAAGGUUUUAUGGUAACACUUGGCGGUAUGGUAAGCCUGUGGUCUCUGGCUGUGGUAGCUUUUGAAAGAUGGCUGGUCAUCUGCAAGCCACUUGGGAACUUUGUUUUCAAGCCCGACCAUGCUAUAGCCUGCUGCGUAUUCACCUGGGUGAUCGGAUUAAUUGCCUCAGGUCCUCCACUGGUCGGAUGGAGCAGGUAUAUCCCAGAGGGCCUGCAGUGCUCCUGUGGCCCAGACUGGUACACAACUAACAACAAAUACAACAAUGAGUCCUACGUGAUGUUCCUUUUCUGCUUCUGCUUUGCUGUUCCCCUCUCCACCAUUGUCUUCUGCUACGGUCAGCUGCUCAUCACACUGAAAAUGGCAGCGAAGGCCCAGGCUGAGUCUGCCUCCACCCAGAAGGCAGAGAGGGAAGUGACCAGGAUGGUGGUUGUCAUGGUGAUGGGCUUCCUGGUGUGCUGGCUGCCCUACGCCUCUUUUGCUCUGUGGGUUGUGAACAACCGUGGGCAACCGUUCGACCUGAGAUUUGCGUCUAUACCAUCUGUCUUUUCCAAGGCCUCUGCAGUCUACAACCCAGUUAUCUAUGUCUUACUCAACAAACAGUUCCGUUCAUGCAUGAUGAAGAUGCUGGGAAUGGGUGGAGGUGAUGAUGAAGAGUCGUCGACGCAGUCAGUGACCGAAGUCUCCAAAGUUGGGCCUGCUUAGACCGAACAUCCACAUUGUUUUCAUUUCAUCGUCAAAAUACUGCUGCACAGGCGACCGAUAAUUUGUGUAUUGUAAAUAUGUACGCAUGAUGGUGUUUUGUGCAAUAAUUUGCAUAGAUACCACACUUUAUUUCUAUAGGGAAUGAUUAACACUUUUUUUGCACAGCAAAUAUAAAAAGAUUAAA